CAUCUCAGCCCAACCUUUCAAUAUUUGUUCUGUGUUUGAAUUUAAAAAUGUAGUGAAGGCUGACUCUCCUGCACCUAUGGCUCAUUUCAGACAAUGCAGGCUCUGGGCACCACGUCAGAGACCAAGGACUGGUCCAAGACCAAGGUUUACUCGGACCUCUACAUUCAAACGAUGAGAAGAGCCAUGGAUCAUCUCAUGAACAGCUUUCAAACUGAACUGAAAACGCUGACGAACAUCGAACUGACCAGAAUCAAACAAUAUAAAGAAUCAGUCAUUUUUGAUGACUCCACUGCUGGUCCUGGUCUUAAAGUGAUUGAGUACGGGACACGUCUGAAGUUCUCCAAGCUCGCCAGGUCUCCAUCAUAUGAAUUGGAAAGGUUUGAUUCACCCAUGGUGUUUGGGACGAAUGGCUUCACCUCCGGCCGUCACUACUGGGAUGUCCAGGUGGGCCUGAGAAACAACUGGCAUGUUGGUGUUGCCCUGGAAACUGUAGACCGAUCAGAAGAUGUAAUCGUGAAAAAAGACAACGGGUUCUUUUCUAUAGGAAAGUCUGGGUUUGACUAUGAAGUUCAUUGCUCGCCACGAAGAGUUCUUCAUCUCUGCACCAGACCGAGCAAAUUGGGGAUCUAUGUGGACUACGAGGAAGGUCGGGUGUCAUUCUACGACCUGAAUGAGCGGCUGCACAUUCACUCUUAUGUAGGGGAAUGUUUCACAGGGAAGCUGUUCCCUUACUUUUAUCUUUACAGCAGAGCGAGGAAGUCUGAGGCAUUAGUAACUGAUCCCUGAUUAAUCAAAUUUGGUCUUUGAUGAACAUGCUAAAGCAAAACUGAAAAGAUUGCUGUAUGGUCAAACUCCAACUAGA